AUGGAUAUCCCUGGGGAGAUGGCUGCUUCUGCUGCAGUAGCCAUGGCAUCAGCAACAAUAGAGGCAGCAGCAGUAGCAUCAAUUGCUGCUGCUUCCUUAGCAACAGCAGCAGACAAUGGAUCUAGCUGCUGCAGUGAUGUAUUUGCUGCACCUGCUGCUGAGGCACAGCAGCGCCUGCUGCUGCUGCAGCACCAUCAGCAGCAACUGCAGCAGCAACAGGAAACUAAUUGGCAAGUUAUGCCCCAAUCCCCGCGCAUGCAGCAAACCUUCCAGCAGCAGCAGUACGAGCAGCACCAGCCCCUGCUGCUGCUGUCGCAUAUAGAUCUGCAGCAGGAGCAGCAAGAUGGUCCUUUGCUGCAGCAGCAGCAGCAUCAAUUACAAUUGCAGCAGCAAGAAGAAGAACAUCAACAGCAGCUACAGCUGCUGCAACAGGAGCAGCAGCUGCUGCUGCAGCACGAACAGAUGCAGCAGCAGCAAUCCCUACUAUGGAGUCAUAAGGUAACAAAGACAUGCAGGAAGAGGAAGCAGCAGCAGCAGCAAGAGCAGCAGCAGGUGCAGCAGGAGAACCAACUGCUGCUGCAGCAAACACUGCAACCGCAAGAUUCAUACUACGGUCAGCCGCAACAACAGCAGCAGCAACAGCAACAACAGCAGCAACAACAGCUUCAGCAGCAGCAGCAGCAACCGCAGCAGCAGCAGCAACCGCAGCAGCAGCAGCAGCAGGUCGGCUGGCAGAGCACUCCUCUUUCUGCUGUUGCAGACGAAGGGGACAGCAAAGAAUCUCCCCAGACACCUGAACUGCAGCAGCAGCAGCAGCAGCAGCAUCUUCUGCCACAGCAGCAGCAGCUUACGCCUACGCCGGUGGAGCUCCUCCAGUUGCACCAGCAGCAGCAGCCGCAACAGCAGCAGCAACAAACCGUGCAGCAGCAAGAGCAACCGACGCCGCAGCAGCAGCAGCAGCAGCCGCAGCCGCAGCAGCAGCAGCAACAGCAACAUCAUAACCCGCAUGAAUAUUAUCAGCAGCAGCUGCAGCAAUACCACGAGCUAAUACGUCGGUUCCCUCCCUUGGAGCAGCAGCAACAACAGCAGCAGCAGCAACAGCAGCAGCAGCAGCAACCUCAGCAGCAACAACUGCUGCCAGCACAGCAAACCCCUCCUCCUGAGGCAGAGCUGCAGCCGCUUGGCUUCUCUCUGCAGCAGCAGCAGCAGCAGCAGCAGCAGCUAGAACUACAGCAGCAACUGCAGAUGCAGCAGCAGCUACUUCUGCAGCAGCAGCAUGCAUUGACCCCUGAGCAGGCGCAGCUGCUAUGGCAGCAGCAGCAGCAGCAGCACCAACAGCAGCCGAUGCAUCUGCAGCUCGAGCAGCAGAUUGUGCUGCAGCAGCAGCAGCUGCUGCUGCAGCAGCAGCAGCAUGCAGCACUACAACAAUAUCAUCAGCUGCCUCUAACGGAGCAGCAGCAGCAGCAGCAGCAGCAGAAGCAGCAAGUAACGGCCCAUGCCUUGCAAUGCCAGCAGUUUUAUCAGCAGCAGCAGCUGCAGCAGCAGCAGCACGGGCAGCAGCAAGACUGCACCAGUUAUCCCUACAGCCACAUACUGCAGCAGCAGCAGUUGCUGCUGCAGCAGAUGCAAUCAAUGCCGGCAGGAGCAGCAUCAGCAGCAGCAGCAGCAGCACAGCAACAGCAACAGUUGCUGCUGCAGCAACCUGCUGCAUCUCCUGCAGAGGAGGCAUGGUUAUAUACAGAGUUACAGGAUCAUCUAUGUGGUGUAUUUGCUGCUGCAGAGUUUGCUGCUGCUGCUGCUACUGCUGCUGCUGCUGCUGCUAGUUCCUCUAUUAAUCCCUUGUCUUCUCUUUGUCAAUCCUUUGCUGCUGUACUAAAGGAAAUCAAUAAUGUUGAGGAACAAAUGCUGCAGGAACAGCAGCAGCAGCAGCAGCAGCAGCACAGAUAA